UUUACUCUCCGUCCAUUACGGUAACAGCAGUUUACUCUCCGUCCAUUACGGUAACAGCAGUUUACUCUCCGUCCAUUACGGUAAUACCGCAGAAACAGGAAGUGAUCUCAACAGAAGCGGCAGCGUUUGGUUUUCUGUCUGGAAGAUGAAGCUGAAAUGACUGAAAGUGGCGCUCAGCUGUUUGCCCGUCUGGAGCCUCGGCGUUGUCUGAAGGAUGUUGAACCUCGCCUGUUUCCUGACGACGGAGGACCCGACCACGGUGAGGUGGUGGAGCUGUAUGGAACGGAGGGAACAGGUAAGACGGAGCUGCUCUACCACCUGCUGUGUCGCUGUGUGUUGCCCGCGGCGUCCGGCGGCCUGGAGGUGGACGUUGUGUUCGUGGACACCGACUACAGUCUGGACAUGUUACGACUCGUCAGCAUCCUCGACAGCAGACUGAACGCAGACGAAGCAGCGCUGCGUUUGUGUCUCUCUCGUCUCCUGGUCGUACACUGCUCCUCCUCCUCCCAGCUCCUCCUCACCCUCCACUUCCUGGAGACAUCGUUGUCGUCGAGGCCCAGCCUGUCGCUUCUCCUCAUCGACAGCAUCUCCGCUUUCUAUUGGCUGGACCGCUGCGAGGGCGGGGCCAGCGUCGCCAAGCAGGAAGAGAAGCUCAGCAAGUGUGCAGUACUGUUGGACCGACUGCUCAGGGAUUACAGAAUCACCGUCUUUGCCACCUGCCACGCCAUAAGGAGGAGCUGGGGACCCUCCUCCUCCUCCUCCUUCUCCUCCUCCUCCUCCUCCUCCUCCUCCUCCUCCUCCUCCUCCUCCUCCUCCGACGACGACAGGCCCUACCUCUGUCGCCCCUGGCAACGCCUGGUGACCCACCGGCUGCUGUGCUCCAGGCAGGAGGCUGCGAGCAACAUGGCCGCCACAGCAGGAGGCAGCAAGGAGCAGAGGAGGCGGCAGGUCUUCACCGUCCACUGCACCUCCUCCUCCUCCUCCUCCUCCUCCUCCAGGACGAAGAGCUACAGGAGCAGCUCCUUCUGUGUGACGGAGGGAGGGCUGGAGUUUAUCUGAGCCACACUAGCCACUAGGGUUGGGCACCGAGAACCGAUUCUUAAUCGGAAUCGUUUCUUUAUUGGAAUCGUUUUGGAAUCGUUUGGAGGAUUUGGUUUCAAAUCCGAUCAUCCCUUCCCAAUUUAACAUGCGCAAAUUUGGGUUUCCGUGGUGACCAGGUGCUCGUUGUGUUGCAGCCGUGGAGCUCAGUAAGCGGCGCUCUAGUUUAUUUUACGUUGAAAAAGCUGUCAAACUG